AUGUGCAAAUGUUUCGUGGAAUACACAGACCGUGAUAUGCCAAUUUCCUUCAAACCGUACGGAGUUGCAAAUGAUAGUUACAGUAGUACGGAAGAUCAGUGUUUGGUUACUUGUCUCAAAGAUACAAGAUGUAAAACAGUUGUUUAUGGAUUAAUUGGUGGACGUGAUGUUUUCACGUGCGAACUUUAUGAGGCAGUAACUCUAAAUCAGCUUAUCUAUGCCCCAAACGUAAACAUCUAUUUGCCAAAGAGGAAAACCAGUUGUAAAGUACAUUAUGAACACAUACAAAGUUUAAAGAUAUUAAAUCGGUAUAACGAAAUAACCAAACGAAAAAUGAAUUAUCUUACUUUAUUCGCACAACGAAAUCCUUUUGCAUUUGGGUGA